AUGGGAUCCCAAGACGCAAAUCAGUCUGAAAGAAAGCUCAUCGAGCACAUUGCGCAGGUCAUAUACACAGCACUGGACUGGGGUCUGACCAGCAACAUGGAACGAGUCUUAAGUGAGCCCCUUGAUAAGCUUCUGUAUGUCAUUCUGGGCCUCCAUGGCAUCUCCAUGGACUACAACCUCUACUUCCAGUGUCCGGUCACAUUAAAGGAUAUCAUAAAGCAAUGUGCUGAAAGGCUGUUCACCCCCUCAGAAGCCUCCUGCCACUACAGAGCUGUCUGCAGAGUCCUCUUUGCAGAGCACGAAGAAUUUUGCAACCUUCUCCUUACCAUAGAGAGGUCUAAACAGGUAGGAAUGUCCCUUCUUCCCCUGCACUUCUUAUUGAAGGAGUCCCCUAGAUUCCUUUUUAGGUCUCCUCUUCCAUCUACUGCUUUUGAUACUGAUGAUGAUUCCUUGACUUCACAAAGUUUCACUCAAAGUGAUGAUUCCCUUUCCGCUCUGGGCUACAGUGUGAGCAGUUUUAGAAGCACCCUAAGGGACUGCGAUCUGGUUGAUGGUGAAAGUGAUGUGAAAAUCAGCUGGCAGUUAGACCAUUCUGAAACCUUGUCGGACAGCAAAUUCUCAGACUGACUGACCUCAAGCAGUACAGACCUGAUGUUUGUUCCGGUGCUGAUGUCAUCCCAAGUGGACCUUAAAAACAGCAGCUUUCUAAACUAUGAUGUGCUGAAAUAUUCAUCCAACAAGCGCUCCAGUUCCUAUGAAAGUCCCCUCCAAAAGAAACAUUCUGAGCGAAGCUGUCACUAUCCUAAAGUCCGGCCAAUACCUACUAUUUCUGAGCUAGUGCCAACUUGCCGUGAGAUUGUGAAAGCUGAGAUGGCUGACUUCUUGCACAAUUAUGGAUUCUCUGCGAGCAGGAUUUGCUUCUGCUGCCACAAGAAAAGACUGUUCUUCACCUGGCCCUACACUUGUAAAAUAUGUGAAAGGGUUAUCUGCCCAGAGUGCUGUGUUGAGAUGCUGAUGCCUUUCAAGCAGUGUAUGCACAUUCCACGCGGCUUCUUCAAGACUCUGGUCCUGACCAGGGAUGAUGAUCCUUCAUGUCAGGAGCAGAGAACCCAGUUAUUCUGCAGGGAAAUGCUACAGUGGGACUGUUCCAGUGUCCCAUUGGUGUUUGAGCCCCAGGAUCUCUCAGAUAAUAUUCCAUUUCACAAACUGACAAUGAAAAAUUGGACAUGCAUGGACAUCUGUACCAAAUGUGAAGACUUCAUCUUAGAUACAGUAGACCGCCAGCUAGAAUUUGUUUUCCAAAGUCGGCAACUUCAUAAAAAACGAAGCGCUCAGAGUGCCACCCCCCCCCGUCGAUUUACAUUCUAA